UCGCAGACUCGGCGGCCGCCGCCACGGAACGUGCCCACGAGGGGCCUUUCCUGCCGUCCGCCGAGCGAGCACGAGGCAAUCACGCCGCCCGAGGAACUCCAUUGGCUGGGCGAGAGGCCGCUUGGGCGGUGAUUGGGCGAGGCGCGUCUUUCCCCCUUGCUCUCUCCCUCCUCCUCUCCAGCUGCUUUGCUGGAUGGAGUGUUUUGGUGCGUUUCCUUCUGUGUUUUGGCUGCUCGCCUCCCCUGCAAAGGGAGGUGUGGGAGGGAAGCGAGAGAUAAAGAGAGGGCGGAGGAGGAGGCGGCGGCGGCCCUGCCUCUUGCUGGCUUUGUCACAUCGUUGCUGCCCGCGGGAGCUUCCAGCAUGCAUCCCUCGCCCUGCGCCGACGAGGCGGGAGAUGCCCCCGCGGUUGACAUUGUGGACAUCUAUGAAUCCAUACGUGAGCGGCAGCGUCAUGAUAGCGAAAGGUCUACUUGUAGUGCUUUGGAACAGAAUGACAUAGAAGCUGUUGAGGCCCUUGUUUGUAUGAGUUCCUGGGGUCAAAGAUCACAGAAAGGUGACCUAUUAAAGAUAAGACCUCUUACACCUGUAUCAGAUUCAGGUGACUUUGCAAUGCACAUUGAGCCUACGACUGAGCUGCCUAAGGAUUAUAACUUUUUAUCUACACUGUGUAUGACUCCACCAUACAGUCCAGAUUUUGCUGAGCCAUCCACAUCCGCGCUGCUCUCUUCCCAAGUCACUUAUUCAAAGCAAAGGACUAUAAUGGCUAGUGCACCUGCCUGCCUUGUCACUGCUCCUGGCUGUGCCCUUCCUGCAGCCCAGCCACCUGCCCUGAACGUGGAGAGGCUGUCUAGCCAGAAGUCAUCAUGGGCUGACCAACCUGUUCCUCAGCUCUGCAGGGCCAUGGCAACUAGCGUGAUCCGUCACACAGCGGACAGUUUUGCUUACUCCCGCAUUUCUGCCAGGGAAGAAAAAGCAGAAACAAUAUUGGGCAACGGCAAAUCUGUAAAUCAGCACGAGGCACGGGACCAGAGAUGUUUGGGAGUCUUACAGGAUUCCAGUGUUGAUGACGCCUUAACUUAUGACUCUUCACCAGUAAAUGAGUCUUGUUUGCACAGAUCAAAUUGUACCAGAGGGAAAGGACAGGAGAUGCCACAGACUUCUAUCUCAAAGAACUGUAAAAAGGAUAUACAGCAAAAAAGUACCCCGCUUCUACCCACACCACUUUCAAAUCCCCAGGUGAUCUGCCAAAUGAUUCCUUUGGACAGCCAAAGAGGUAUGGUUCCGGCAUUUCUAAAGCCCUCUACUCAGAUGGCAACGGCGGUCAAACCCAUCUUGCCCCAUGCAGCCCCAAUUCCCCAACCUCUUCUAAUGGGACCUUCUAUGCCUCAGGGGACUGUUAUGUUGGUUCUUCCACAGGCGGCUGUUGCCCAGGCCCCACCAUGCCCACAAACUGUGUUGUCUGUUGGAAAUACCAAACUGCUGCCCCUGGCUCCUGCUCCAGUUUUCAUUGCCUCGGGUCAAAGCAGUGCACCUUUAAUAGACUUCUCUCGGAGGAGAAACUACAUUUGCAACUUUCCAGGCUGCAGGAAAACAUAUUUCAAAAGCUCUCAUCUCAAAGCCCACCUUCGUACUCAUACUGGAGAAAAACCUUUCACUUGUAGCUGGGAAGGCUGUGAUAAAAAGUUUGCCCGCUCCGAUGAACUGUCUCGGCAUCGCAGAACACACACAGGGGAGAAGAAAUUUGCUUGUCCAGUCUGCGAUCGCCGCUUCAUGCGCAGUGAUCACUUGACAAAACAUGCCCGCCGCCACAUGACCACAAAGAAGGUACCCAACUGGCAGACGGAAGUUGGCAAAUUGAACAGAAUUGCAACCAUGGAGAAACCUAGGGGCGAGGGUGCUUUGAGUAUGCUUCUGCCCAUGUUGUCUUCAGGUUAACAAGCCCAUUUGUGGGGGAAAAAAACAGACGUUCAAGAUUCACUUUGUUGACUCAAAAGCAGCUUUGACUGAUUUCCUAAUGUCUAUUAAUGGUUGCUUUAUUUUGUAUUGAGGAGGAAAAAACUGUCAUGUUUUCCAUUUUCUACCUGUUUUCCCCCUUCCACUUAAGCCCUAUUUAAAUGUUGAGGACACUCCCUUCCCUUCCCUUCCCUUCCCUUGUUUUGUUUUUUCUUUUCUACAGAACUUAUAGAGCAUUCACCAGCACUUCAGGAAAGCAAAAUGUUGGCAAUGGACUUAAAAAAUAACUCUUCAUUUGAGAAACAGUCGCUCAUGACAAGUAAAACAGGGUGAUUUUUUUCCAAAGAAAAAAUACAAUUUUUAAAGUAUGAAAUAUUUUGUAUUUGUUCAGCCACAACUUGGUUUUUGUAAUCACACUCCGAAAUAAGCGAUGCACAUGGUCUGACCCACCAUGGAGAAACUGCUCUUCUCUCUCUCAAUUAAACGGAAUAAUUAUGAUCUUACUUACCCUUUCUGAACUGCAAGUCUAGCACCUGCAUCCGCAUUCAGAUUGCCCGCAAUAUGAUAGUUUAAAGAAGAGGCAUAUUUCCCUUGUCUGGAGCGAAGUUGUGUAGGGAUUACACGGAUGAUGUAUGCAUGAGAUUAGCUCAGGACCACUUUAAAUAUGACAAAGACUGCAUGUGCAGCUCUGCUAUGAGAUCGUUAUCCACAUUGUAGCUCCAUACAACCAGCAUCUCCUUGUAACAUUUCUGGGUGUCAUUUUAUGUGCAUGCCACAAGACUGCUAGUUAAAGGGUUGUUAGCCAGUGUCCAUUAUUGUAGGUGAAAAAAACCUUUGAAAUGGGACAACAGCUAUAUGGCACUUGUAUGUAAGGUAUGUCUUGUGGUAAAGCUGCAUGCGACCACCAUGUUUUUUAAACUGUCAUUUGGAAACUAAGGGCCAAACUAGACCAGAUGUUAUCCCUGAAGGCGAUCCUCCAUUUUGUAGAGCCCAGGAGUGCCUUUUAAGAGUGCUGCAAGGGCCCAGUUCUGGUAGGAACCACCAUGGAGUAGCAGAAGGAGGGUUUUCUGCCUUCCUCUUGUGCUAUUUUUUUUACCUAAAAGAGCAGCACACUGAAAUGGUCCCAACCAGAGUUUGAGCUCCUGUAGUGCUCUUAAAGAGGUGUUCCAGCACUCUACAAAAUGAAGGUUUGAAUCUAGGAACAGCAUCUUAUCUCUUUUGGCCCUCUGGUUACAAAGUUUGGGUUGCAUUUUGCAAGGCUGAUUGGAUAUGUAUAGUGUACCAGGUUAUUAAUAUGAUAAUUUGCUUUCUGUUUUAAACAAAGAAAUUACUUAUUGAAGCCCCUUCCCCCAUGCAUAAAUUAUAACUUGGGACUGCCUUCUAAUCUUAACUCAGUGCUCAUAACUUAAGAAGGCUAUAUGUCUGUCACAAACAUCUUAAGAGCACACUCCUCAACAGUUUAUAUCUCAAAAGAUUAAUGGAACAAUGGAGUAAAUCUCUCCAUUAGAGAUCAAAAUAGGGUGUAAAAAUGUUCAAAAGUUUGGCAAAACUGUGGUCUCAGAGAUUAGGAAAAACAUAAAGAUAGUUAAAGGAAAAAACACACAAUUAUACAAUAAUAAUAGUGACCUAUAUAAAGGGAAGGUGAUUUAUCAUUUAAGAUAAAAGCUGAACUUUUCAUUAAGACACACAAAUUAACUGGAGAUUGGUCCCUGUGCAAUCAUGGAGAGUUCAAAUUAUUCUCCUUGAAUAUUCCACAGGAGAUAAGCAAAACUUUGCAAAGGAUAGUGCUGCUAGUUAGCUGGCGCUCUCUUUGUGUAACACUUUGCUUUAAAAUGAGAAAGAUGUAUAAUGCUUAUAGGAUGCUGCAAACCAUAGUGUUCUAGAACAGCAGUUUAUCUCUCUUGGAAGGGGUCUCAAAAGGUCUUAGCUUUGGAAAAAAACCCAAUUGAUACCUUAUUAUAUAAUGUAUGGCUUUUCUACACUGUGAAAUGAAAUGCAAGAUUGCUAAUUUGUAGGGUUGCUGUUUCUUACCUGUUUUUAGGGAGGCAUGAAUUUUGGGACAAAUGAUUACUUAAUUUUUUAAUAGAUUUUUGAUCAGGAUAAAAAAGUCUUAAUGAUGGUGAAUGAAAGAUUUGUGUGUCUAAAUCAGUUCGAUACUCCAUUAGCAUUUGAACUAAAUAGAACUCUUAUUUAAUUGUUAUAUAAGACCAAUACCAAUUCGAAUAUCAGACCAUUACUGAGCCCAAGUUACUUUUAUGUAUUAACUUGGUGCCCAUUUGUAACAAUAAGAGUUGAAUGAAAAUACACUGGAAUAUAGAUAGCAGGAGAAUCAUAACCUGGAAGCCCAGAUUCUUAAAAAAAACACUUUACACUAGCACAAUUGUCAUCAGUUCUGGAACAAUACUAGGCAAAACUGGUGUUUAGGUUUGCUGGUGUUUUUACCAGCCUUGCUGCCGUGCCUCUCACAGCAGUUUUUGAUCUGCAGAGGUUUGGAAAGAAAAUAUUUUCCCAUCACUCAUCUACAUGCUUUAUUUUUCUGCCAAGAAAAAAUAAUUAGUGACCCUACUGGUGUAAUAUCAUGAGUUUUGAAUUUGCAGUGAUACUAUGGCUCUCCUACCAAGCAUGUGUAUUUGCUGGUCUAGUUAUUCUUGAGUUUGUAGGGCAUCAUUUUCACCAUAACAGAAACCAACAUUUUCUGUAUUUAUCUCUUCGAAAAAAGUAAUUAUGGCUAUAUGAAUUAAGCAUUGUCUUAAAAUUGUUAGAAUCUUGGCAUGUAUUUCUGUUUCAAGUAUUGUAAAUGGGAUUCCUUUGAAGGGACAUUCAGUCAAGCUUGUACCUUGUGCCCCCUCAAGCCCAGAGCAGCCAUGAGUCAUCAGGUGCUUGGCAAACCACCUCUGGUAAGUCUACCUUGGCAGAUUCCAGCAGGCAGCAAAACUAGGCAGCCUCCCAGAUUCCUAGAUGGCUGGUGGUUAUGCGUGGCUGGUGGGUCAGAAAUUGUGCAAGUUUGAGUUAAAUAUAAAUAGGUUAUAAAAUGGCACCUCAAUAUAUAUGUAUUUCCUUUAUUUCUAUUUAUAUAUAAUUCUUUAAAUUUUGGUAUUUUAAGAACCAGCACAGCUGUGGGAUAACACUCAUACAGAACAAGUCAGUAGGCACGAUGAUUUUCCAUUUUAUGCUUAGUUAACUGAAAAUAAUAAGAGUGUGACACCUGUUCAAUGUUGCGUGACGUUAAAAGAACUCGCGAGGAAGUAAACGGCACAACUUGUGGUGUGUAUAACCAGAAUGCAUGGUCAGAUUGGAACCACUAUCCCUGCAUUUCUCAGUCUGUUACCUGAAAUCAACAGAUUUCCUUCAUAUACUUAAGAGCCAGAUGUCACUGUUUCCCAAAAGUGUCCUGAUUAUUAGUUAUCUCUGAUUUUAACACUAUUGAAAAUUACGUUAAGUGUAGUAAAUAUAUUGUUCUUAAUAUUUUA